GCUUCGCAUUUUCGAAAUCUUGUUUCCCUGUCAAGGUGCAGAAACAUAGUUCAGCCCAUGGUUAAUCAUCAUCUUGUUCUAUAGUGGCGAACUGACCGCUAGAAAUAAGCAAUUUGACGGGAAUAUAGGAGAUUCUCCAAGUAAAUUUUAGCCUAGUUAAAGGGUGUCCCAAAAAAUCACUGCCAAUCACGAAUCAAGGUGCAGAAACAUAGUUCAGCCCAUGGUUCAUCAUCAUCUUGUUCUAUAGUGGCGAACUGACCGCUAGAAAUAAGCAAUUUGACGGGAAUAUAGGAGAUUCUCCAAUCACGAAUCACUCUGGACCCCCCCCCCCGUGCUAUCGUGAGUCAUGACUCGCCACACGGUCCACCUUUCUUUUGAUUUUUCAAUAUCCCAAUCGUAACCCGGCCUACACUAGGGCUAGGCUAAUUAAUAGUCGUACGACACUUCGGUCCAAGAUAAGACGAUGGAACGGUUUGAGAAAACUUGCGCGUGAUGGAUAUGACCUCAUGUCCACCUGAUAUGCAUGUUUUGCAGCUGAGCAGUGUCUUCUUUGAAGGAGAUUCAUUUAUAAGCGUGAGUUUUCUAAAACCGUAUACCAUCGUCUUAUUCGGGACCGAAGUUCUGAAGCGUUGCAUAAAAGCCAUCUAUGUCAUGUGUCGAUAUGUCAUCGCAUAUUCCUUUUGGGGAAAUUCAUGCAAUUUUAAGGUGCUUUAUACCUAUUGUCAGCUUUUCAGUAAGGAUUACCAGAACAAUAGUGAGGCCAAGUUUUGACUUCGUUUGGACAAAUUUUCCUGCAGUUUGAAGAUGACGUCAUUGAUGGAAAAAGACUGCAACAAGAGCCCUAACGGAAUAAGUGACUACAAAUGUGCCUCUGGGAAAUGUGUCAUGACUUCUGGGAUGUGCCCAAGGUCGUCUAAGUGUCCAAGCUAUAGCAGAGAUUACUAUUGCCCAGAUACUGGGUGGUGUGAAAGUGCUGAUUAUCGUUGCCUCCGCAUUUGUGGGUUCAAUCAGUCGGUCUUCAAUUACAAGUACACCUGCCCUGGGUAUCCUGGACUGUGUGCAAGCAGAUCUUAUUAUUGCCCACCAGCUUGUUCCAGUGAAGAAACUUACAAGUGCUUGAAAAAAAGACAAUGUGCCAAAGGAAAGAACUGGUGUGAAGGCUGCUUUGGCAAAUAUCGAUGUCAGUUUGAUGGAAAAUGCAUCUCAUAUUUUAGAAAAUGCGACAAAUUCAGUGACUGUAGUGAUGGUGAGGAUGAAGUAUCUUGUAGUUACCAUGACUAUGACAAUCUGGCCUUGGAUGAGUGGCAAUUGGCUGGGAUUGUUUUAGGCAUUUUUAUCAUAUUUUUCAUGUGCUUUUACUGUUGUUGGAAAAGUGCAAAAACCCGUGCAAGUGAGGAAGGGGCAUCUGCAGGAGCUGCAAGCACAUCGCGAAAUCAACAAAACAGGCCAGGUGGACCUCGAGUGACCGGAACAACACCAGCUGCUGUAAUAAGGCCACCAGCAGUUAGGGUCAGGAAUGCUUACGUGCCGCAUCUAAGCACCACUGCCAGGUCAAUUCCACCAUCUGAGCAGAGGCGGCAAGAGUACACUCAUCGUCCGAGUGACACUUCUCGGUCAGCUGCACCAUCGGAGAGUGGUUUUUAUAGUCCUCGAUUAUUACCCGAGGUAUCUGGUACCCCAGGUGCCUAUCCAAUGGCAGCCAGUGCCCCUAGGAGCUACCCAGAAGCUGCCAAUGCUAUUUCCCCUGAGGAGAAUCAAACCUUUGGACCACCGCCGUCUUACUUUGAUGCAAUACAAAAUGAUGAGCUGCACGACCCAAAUGAUCCGAAGCUUCCUACAUAUGAGGAAGUCAUAGGUGGUACGCCUGCUGACAAACAAUCGUUCACAUGAUGAAAAUGACAACCUCCAGAGACACCUUGUACAUGUGCACAUUCAUGUCAUCACUGUUUCAACAUGGCCGCUGUGGCAGCCAUCUUGGAUUUCCUAUCCAGACAUCAUGAACAAGAACUGAGGAACACUUUGGUUAAUCGAUACCAUCAUGUGUUGCAGUCAUUGGGAAUGCUUGGGGAUGAUUGCAGGAACAUUUCUGUGUAUGUUUUAGUCAAUAUUUAUUCAUCUAGGCUUGUCUACUCUUCAUAUUUAGAAAGCCUUGCAAACCUGCGAUUUUUAUUGCAGCAACCUCCAACAAUUAUUUCUGUAAUUGCCCAGUUACCAAUAAAAACUGGUAAUGCCUUGGUUUGACUAUUGCAGGUUGCAAUGAUUACGGAUAUUUUUUCAUUGCUGCUGCCGGCAAUGACAUGGGGACAAUGUCCUUUGCAAAUAACAGAAAUUUUUAUCUCGUAUGAUAAUUAUUGCAGGUUGCUACAAGAAAAAUGUCUUGUUAAAAUUUUUUUGAGUUAAGAUCUGAGCUUCAACUAGGACAUUAUAUUCUCCUGUUGGCAGGGUACCAAUAUGGCAAUUAGAAGCCAAAAUUGAAAUUGAAUUAGGCUUAGUACAGGAUCGUACUUAUUUUGCUCCUCUAUAUUUUCAUGUUUCAAAAUUUUACUCAGAGCAGGUUGUCUGAAAGUUUUGCUAGUCAUUAUUCUCCACAAUAUCGUCUAUCCUUUUGAGGCCAAUAUUGUUUUACGUUAUAUAUCCACCCAUGUAAGAUCCAUUUCAAACAAGGUACAGUCCAAAUCACUGUUGACAUCCAUCCUGCUUCGCGUCAGUGACGUGCAAUGUACGCACGAGUUGCGAGUCGAGUUGCUCGUCAGUGACGCGCUUAUCUCUCCGUUUCACGUAAAUUACAUGUGACCUACACGCUGGGUAGCGCGACCCAGCGUGUCAAGGGCGCCAAUGACGCGUAUUUAGGGAUGACAAUUGUGAUUUGGACUGUUAGCUUAACUAUAAUAAAUCGUGUGUUUGAUGUACUGUACCCCCAGUUAUAUGGCACGGCUUAACCCGCCGGCCAUGGAGGAAUUCCUUUACGGCCGAAUGGUUGGCCUGUUGUCUCCCGUACAAGAAGUCAACCAACGUUGAGCGUGGUCAUAUUAACUAGGAUGGGGUGACCAGCGCAUAUAAUAUGAUACAGUGUUCUAAAACCAUGACAAAAUGAACAGGGUGAACAUUUUGAUAGUUUUGUGAAUAUUUUACGUACUUAUGUACCUGUUGUGAUACGAAAACCUCAAAUAAUUUAGGUUGAACUUGGGCUGAAAUGGUGGAUGUCGUCCUGGGUGCCGACAAAUGGUACCCAGGUUCGAGAUCGACUGGACAAUAAGCACCCUGGGUGCCAUUACACUAGACAAACAGCACCCAGCUUCUUUUUGCCUGGCUUACGGAUCUUAGGGACGAGGACGUUUCUUGCAAUCUCGUUUUAUCUCGCGCCGUGGUAAUUGCGGCAUUAGCAGUGCGCGAAAUAAAAAGAACAGAUAAACAGAAAAAAACGAGUUUAGGCCUAUGGGUUCUUUAUCUCUCUCCCCUUAGAGACGAAUACCCCGUUUGAAUGAGAUGGAAUUGAUGAAAGAAAGGUUUUUAGAGCGCGGUAUCGUGACACGUGACCUCCGUGAGCGUGGGGCCAACCUCGUUGUAGGUAUAGAAAAGUGUAGAAGAAGAAGCUGGGUGCUGUUUGUCUAGUGUAAUGGCACCCAGGGUGCUUAUUGUCCAGUCGAUCUCGAACCUGCGUACCAUUUGUCGGCACCCAGGACGACAUCCACCCUUUCAGCUGAACUUGGGUGUCCUGGCCUCAGCUUAGUGAUAAUAUAUGGCAAAGUCCUCGUGAGUAGAAACAAAGAGUAUGUGAAUCAAAUAUAUACGUGCACUAUACAAAAGCUGAACAAUUUUAUUUUUGUUAUUAUUUCAUUGUUAUGUUUGAAUUUUGUCUCUAACUUUGUAUUUAGUUCCCUCUACUGUGAACUGUGAACAUUUUACAUGUACAUGUAUAAUAUAGUAUAGAAAUCCUAUGUAAUGACAUAUUCUUGUGAUGGUAUAAAUCUUACGCUAUUUACAUGGCAACUUCUGGAGAGUUAAACUUACUAUUAUUACCAAUAGUGAAGGGUUUGUUUACAGUGUAUGCUAGUAUGUAUUAAGACAAUGUACCAUUGUUAGCACAUGAACAGUGAUCAGUUUUGUGAUUCAAAUUUUGUUUUACUGUUGAUGGGUAGCUGGAAAUUUGCAAUAGACCAGCUGUAAUCUGUCGUGGCCAGUUGAAAUAGAGGGCCAGGGGCUUAAAGAGUGCAUUUCGGCCCUUGAAAAUUCUUCCGCCCCUCAAUUUUGACCAACCAUGAACGAUUCCGGAGACUAUUGUCAAUUUCUUGCAGCCCAUAACUGGUAUAUUAGUUACUUAAACUACCACACUGGUAUUAUGAGUAAUAACACUACAACUCCUGUCGAAAUCUGUAUGAGUGUUUCAUGUUGAUGCAUGCAAGAUAAUGUUAGAAUUUAUUAUAAAGGAGUACACAUGUAUAUCUAAAUAAAAGACAUGUUUGUUAUGUAAAA